UGUCUCCCCAGGAGGUUUCACCGCGGGGUAAAAGCCCCGAAGUAACACUGCCUUGCCCUGCACGGCCCGGCCUAGCAGCCCGGAGCUGGGCCACGCCGCGCUCCAGGCGCAGGUCACAAGGGGCGGGCCGGGCCUGGCGCUGCUCUCCCGGGCGCAGGCGCCGGCGUGUGGCCGAGGCUGUGCCGGCCGGGCACGGCGGCCCCAUGCGCUGCCAGGUCACGGUGCUGUAUUUUGCCAGGAGCGCUGAGCUGGCGGGGCUGCGCUCCGAGAGCGUUUCCGUGCCGCAGCGGAUCACCUCCCUGCAGCUCUGGGAAGAAAUUGUUAAGAUUCAUCCAAGGCUUGCUGUCAUCCGGGAUCAAGUGAUUUUUGCUGUUCAGCAGGAGUACGUGCUUCUUGGAGAUCAGCUCCUGGUCCUGCAGACAGGAGACGAGGUUGCCAUCAUCCCACCAAUUAGUGGAGGCUGAAUUUAUGCAAUUUCUCUUAGGGAAGGAGCCUAUAUGCAUUAGAAAGAGGUCAUUCCAUGGUGUUUGCAUUUGAUAUUCUCUCAGCAAGUCUGCUAAGAAGUGAAUUUGCCAUAGAGACUGGUCUCCUGGG